AACUUUUCGAGGUUAUAGCAUUAAUUAUAUCCCAUCGAUUGAUUACGUGUCGUCGUAUGAACAUCUUAUGAUUGGUCAAUAUGUUUUCACUGAUGAAAAAAACAUUUUCGAUCCAUUCUUUGGGAAUUUAUCGAUUAUCAUUUCGACAAAUGAAUAGAGCAGCAUGGAAUAUAGCAAGUAAAGCAAUUAAUGAAAAUCUUAAAAUAAUUCAACAGGAAGGUACAUGGAAAAAUGAACGAAUCAUAACAACAGCACAAGGUGCACAUAUUCAAGUGAAUCACGACAACAAAAGAAUAAUCAAUUUUUGUGCAAACAAUUAUCUUGGACUUUCCAGUCAUCCAGAAGUAAUUGAAGCCGGCCUAAAAGCACUAAAAGAAUAUGGAGCUGGAUUGAGUUCGGUACGAUUCAUUUGUGGAACUCAAGAUAUUCAUAAAGAAUUGGAGGCAAAAAUUGCCAAAUUUCAUAGUCGAGAUGAUGCCAUUCUUUAUGCAAGCUGUUUUGAUGCUAAUGCCGGUAUAUUCGAAGCUUUUCUAACUCCAGAUGAUGCAGUCAUUUCCGAUCAAUUGAAUCAUGCUUCCAUUAUCGAUGGAAUUCGAUUGUGCAAAGCGCAAAAAUUUCGAUUCUCACAUCGAAACAUGGAAGAAUUGGAAUCGAUUUUGUUGAAAACUCAUUCUACAGCUAGAAUUCGUAUGAUCGUUACAGAUGGUGUAUUCAGUAUGGAUGGAAAUGUUGCCAAUUUGCCGGAAAUCGUUAAAUUAGCCCAAAAAUAUGAUUCGGUCGUUUUUGUUGAUGAAUGUCAUGCAACAGGAUUUUUCGGCAAAAGUGGCCGUGGAACAGCCGAAUUUUUCGGUUUACCCGAAGAAAGUGUCCAGAUAAUCAAUUCAACAUUAGGAAAAGCAUUAGGUGGAGCUGCUGGUGGAUACACUACCGGACCAAAAGAAUUAAUCGAUCUGUUACGACAAAAAUCUCGACCAUACCUAUUCUCGAAUUCUUUACCGCCACCAAUUGUUGCACAAGCUAUUAAAGUAUUUGACUUAUUGACUGCUGAUUCAUCUUUGGUCGAAAAAGUUCAUGAAAAUACCAAACUAUUCCGAGAAUCGAUGAAAGAAUAUGGUUUCAAUAUUCUGGGCGAUGAUCAUCCAAUUUGUCCAGUAUAUGUGGGUGAAGCACGUCUCGGCGCAUCGAUUGCCGAUGCUAUUUUUAAUCAAUACGGCAUCUAUGUGGUUGGAUUUAGUUUUCCAGUCGUACCGAAAAAUAUGGCCAGAAUUCGUGUGCAAAUGUCAGCUGCUCAUUCAACCGAGGAUGUUAAACACCUUAUCGAUGCAUUUGUUAAUGUGGGAAGACAAUUUAAGCUGAUUGAAUGAAUUUUUAUUUAAUGAAUGAAAUAUAAACAAAAUUAAAUGUGAUGAAUGAU